CUCCCAACAACAACACUUUGCCCUCUUUAACUUUUCAGAAUCCAAUAUGAGCGGACAAAACUUCAUUGGGUCAAAGAUUUCGCUUACGAGCAAUAGCGACAUUCGGUAUGAGGGUACACUCCACAGUUUGAACACGGAAGAAUCCACGGUUGCGUUAGAACAAGUGCGAUCGUUUGGUACUGAAGGUCGACGAGGCAACCCUGAAGAAGAAAUCCCACCUUCUGAAAAUGUGUUUGAAUUCGUCGUGUUUCGUGGAUCAGACAUUAAAGACUUGAAAAUCUUUGAACCACCUGCUAAAGCUGCACCACCACCACCACCCCCGGCCAACGUGCCUAGCGAUCCAGCAAUUAUGAGCUCGGUUAUGAAGGGAUACGGUGCCAAUGCCGCUAUGAAUCCUUACAUGAUGCCUCCUUACCCAGCCAUGCAGCAGCAACAGCACCCUCAACAGUACUGGGGUUCGCCAAUGUAUGGUAUGCCUCCACCUAUGGGAGGAGCAAUUAACCCUGCUAUGCAGCAACAGCAACAGCAACAGCAACAGCAACCGCCACUUGGUUCAGCUCCUCUUUCAAACCGCACAAUGCCUGGUAUGCCUGCUGAACAAACUAGUGCCGCGCCGGUCGGACCACCUUCAGCCCAUAAUGCUGCUAUUGCUGCUGCCCGCGAAGACCAACCAGGAAUUGCAGAGAAGCCAAAGAAGGAAGUUGAGCCCAAGAAUGCUGAGCACGUUUCAACUGAAACUGCUGUCAAGGCUUUGGAAGAAAGCUUGGAUAACUUGGAGAUCGUCAAGGAUGAAAAGGGGUUGGAAGAUGACCAGCGUGCACACCAUCAGCAGAAUCGCCAACGCCGAUACAAUAACAACAACAACAACAACUAUGGUAAUACUGGUCGCGGUGGAGGAGCGCGUCGCCAUGACUACAAUAAUACCAAUAACAACACAAACAACAACAAUGCUGCCAAGCAACCUAUCGAAAUCCCCAAGUCUGAUUUCGAUUUUGAGUCGUCGAACGCCAAGUUUAAGAAGGAAGAGUUGGCAAAGGCGGUUACUAAGAAGACCGUUGAGGAGGAGGAACAGCAAAGCGUGGAGGAUCAACAGGAAGAUGAGGAAGUGGUCAUUCCUCCCUCGGACGAAUCGUUCUAUGAUAAGGAUAAGAGCUUUUUUGAUAACAUUUCUUGCGAGUCCAAGGAACGCAGCGAGCAAGAUCAAAAUGGAAUUGAUCGUCGGGCCAAGUUCCAAGAGGAACGGAAACUCAACUUGGAAACGUUUGGCGAAGCAUCUGUGGAUCGCCCGAGAUACCGUGGUUUCCGUGGUCGUGGAGGUUACCGGGGCCGUGGUAGUGGAGGUUAUCAGCGUGGUGGCGGCGGACGAUAUGGCGGUUUCCGUGGCAAUAACAACCGUGGCAAUCUUACUCCUAAGCCAUUGGUCUAAUUGGAUUUCAGCAUUGAUGGAAACUUUAUCAUUACAUUCCCUUUCUCUCUCUUUUUUUCGUUCUUUCAGGCGCAUCAGUUCGCUGUAACGGUCUUUUCUUCUUCUGAUGUAACAUAUUGCACCUGCUUUAGCUUCUGUUGGAUUCAUUUUUCUCUUCCUUUAUUUUCUUUUCUUCUCGUACUUUUUCCAUUUCUUUCAAACUUGUUUUCUCCCUCUCUCAAUUCAAAACUUUACAGUUGCCACUCAAUUCGCUGGAAAAUGAAAAGUAGCAUGUUGCGUUAUUAAAUUAUCACUUGUGAUUGUCACACAAAAGCUUAAAAAUGAUACAAGCGGCUUUGUAAUAG